ACAAGUUCACGAUAAAGACCCAAGUGGCUCUGCGGGCACAAGCUUUUAUGAGGAUUUUCAGUGAACCAGAUAGCCUGACACGAGUAAGCUGACGUUAUCCUUCGCUUGUAUUAUAUACAUCGUCGUUAAAGAAUCACUGAUCCGUAGCAGAAAGUCGAAAGCUUUGGACCUCUUUCUCUCUCUCUCUCUCUGAACACACACAAUCUCCCAUGGCUGCAUUUGCAACAGCAGAAGCGUGUGACAGCAACGCAGAACUAAUAGCAAACGGAGACCUACGCGCUCUCCACCCAAUCUUCAACAUCUAUGGCCAAAGAAGAUGCUUCUCAGGACCAAUCGUGACACUCAAGGUAUUUGAAGACAAUGUCCUUGUCAGAAACCAACUAGAGACCAAAGGAGAAGGUAGAGUCUUAGUUAUAGACGGUGGUGGAAGCAAGAGAUGCGCGCUUGUUGGAGGAAACCUCGGACAGUUAGCUCAGAACAACGGGUGGGCAGGGAUUGUGGUGAAUGGAUGCGUUAGAGAUGUGGAUGAGAUCAAUGACUGCGAUGUCGGGGUUAGGGCAUUGGGUUCUAACCCACUGAAGUCUAGUAAGAAAGGUCAUGGUGAGAAGAAUGUCCCGGUUUAUAUUGGAGGAACUUUGAUUAGAGAUGGAGAGUGGCUUUAUGCUGAUAGUGAUGGUAUCUUGAUCUCCAAGACCGAACUCUCCGUUUGAUUCAGAAUGUUUUCUUGAUAGUGCUAAGAGAAAGAGAGUACUACUACUGCGGUUUCUUGGAACAAGCUGGUUUAUUUCGAAUUUUUAAUAAUCGGUUUUAUAUUCUUAAAUUUAAAUCGUGUAAUGCGCUUUGUGAACUUUGUAAUACUAAAGAUUUUUUUUAAUAAUUUGUUAUAUUCGAAACGA